GCCUUUUCAAAAGUUUCGCCUUAUUUUCGUUUAUUCGCAAUUUCUUUUUGUUUUUCUUAGCAAGUUAACAUUCGGGCCAACAAAUGCAUGCUACUCUUCAUUUAUUUACAUCUUUUAAAUGCUUUAAAUAAUACACAAUAAUUUUACAUUGGAUCUCUAGAUGCUCGCGAUCUUUUUCAUUGAAAAAACCGUUGAAGAAGGAAGGAAAUCGAUCGAAAAUCGAUCUCUUAAUUAAUAUCGCGUCAGUCAAAAAUCUCUUCAUAAGGAUCUAUUCAUAAUCUAGUUUUACUUGCUCAUGGGAUUUAUCGACGAUGAAUUACAAGAAGUAUCACAGCUCUGCCACAAUGUUGUCGAUGGAAGCCGCCUCAUCUCUUGUGUACGGAGUAUGGUCCGUGUCGAAAUAACAAAAACACUGUUCAAGCAACUUGUUGUAUGUAUCCAGUUCCAAGAGAAUUAUCCCGCAUCGCCAUUGUUUGUUGAGUUAAAAAGCAAAACUUUGUCUGCAAAGCUGCUCAAUGGAUUAGCAGAAGUCUGUGAAAAGGAGUGCAAACGUUUUCUGAACAAAGCACAGGUAUUGCUGAUUUUAAAGUUUAUAAGGAAUUUUAUUGAGGAGAAUCCUCUCAUUUGUUGCUAUGAGGAAAUAUCAACAUUGAAAAAACUGUUAGGGGAUAAGGAUGAAUUAAAGUUAAAACAGAAAAAUUCUUCCAUUAAUUUAACACUGCACCAAGGUUUAUAUCACUUCAAGACCAAGCUUGAAGUACCGGAUGAUUAUCCCAUCAAUUGCGUGACUUUAAGUGAUGUUGAUACAAAUUUUCCACCGCUGUUGAAUCGCUAUCUAAUUGGACAAGGAAGAGAAUUAGCAAGGCAAUGUAUCGAGCCAUCACUGAAGAAGCAACAACAACAACAACCGUUCACACCAUCACCAUCAUUAAACACAGUUGUUUCCUUUCUCAUCAAAAGUGUGAAAGCUUUUCCACAAGAACCUUGUCAACACUGCAAAGUAAUUUGCUUGCCAACAAAUCCAGAAGAGGUUGUAACCGACGAAAAUGCGGAUUUCCACGCCGAAAGACUUUAUUGUGGUCAUCUCUUUCAUUUAAAAUGUCUUGUGACGUACAUGAAGACUCCGCCAUUCCAUGGGGGUAAAAAAUGUCCAACUUGCGGCCAACGCGUUUAUCAUGACAAAUGGGGAUUAUCUGACAAGCUAGCAGAAGCUCGUUGGGCCCAUCAUCAGGCUCGAAUAAGAGAGUUGGCAGAAGUUGAAGACUUUUUCAACUAAUAUACUCGAAUCGCGCAAACUCUCGUGAAAUGAGUUUCGAUAAAAACUAACAGGAAGUACAAUGUAAUAAAUAAAAGUUUUUAUAUAUGAAAAACUUUACAUGCGUGGAUUAACACAAUAUCUGACACUCAGAGAAUGUGAUUUAUAUUUGCUAAUAAAAUUAUUUAAUAAGGUUACAAAGAAAGAUUAUUAUUACGUACAAUAUUUUCAAUUGAGUGCACUAGUAACUACUAAAAAUCGACAAUCUUGUGGAAGUUUGUGAUUGUUGAAAAUACAAUUAGCUCAUCGUAUAAUAUUUUGUAAUUUGUGUGUAUGUUAUUACAUCUUACUGUUUGUUAGGAAAGACACAUGUAUGAUUUGAUAAUAUUUAUACCUUAAAAAAUACUAAUAUUUCAUAAUAUUAAAGAAUUUUUCAUAUUUUAUAUUUAUUUUAAUAUUUAAGGAGAUAUUUCUGAAAGAAUACCUUAAAUUUCUUCAGAUUUUGGAAUUUAUUUGAAAUUUUUACAAAAUGAGAAAUUGUGGAAUAUUUCAGAAUUUACAGAUAUAAAGUUACAAAAAAAGAUUUUCUCAGAAUUUCUGAAAAGUAUUCGAAUUUCUUCUUUAUAAAAAGGAUAUAAGAAAUUUAAAGUAUGUUUCAAGAAAUCUUCAUAAUUUAAAAUAUGAAAAAAAUUUAUCAAAAUAUUAUGAGACGUGAAAAUUUUUUCACUAAGGUAUACAUUCUCGUAAAACUAACUUCUACAGAUAUUGCUUACAUAGAUCACAAAAUAAAAAAAUAAGUAACAAUAUUUAAAAUAAUAUAUCUUAUAUGUUGACGCACUAUAUACGAAGCGAGCCCACUUGUGAAGUAAUGCACUAAUUAUGAUACGUGCAGAAGAAUGAUCUCUCAGUGUAUGAUGGUCUGCACGGGGUGCAGUUUCGCAUGUAUGCACGAUAGUUGUUAUCGUGUUCGUGACGUAUUGAUCCUCGGUACCGUCUAUAGUGAUAUUUUCUCCGUCUCUUUUUCUCUCUUUCUCUCAGGCCUCUUGCCUUUCUCGUACGGGUACAUUUUCGUUUAUUCUACUGCGCGCGUUUACUUUGCCACCCUUCUCUGACGGCUAGUGUUCCUUACGUGUAUGAUGGGACAAUACCUCCGGGCACGUAUACAGUACGUUAGGACAAACGUGAAAGAAGAGAGGAAAUUUACGAUAUACAAUAGCUGAUGAGCCACUAGCUACCAAAAUUAUUCGAGACUAUUUCUAGUCCAUUUUUAUUAUUUUAGAAUAUUUAAUAGCUUAGCUAGAAAAUAUAAAAGAUAUAUUUUUUGUACCUUAAUACAAAAUAAUUUAAAGCUCAAAACGCCUCCUAAUAAUUAAUUCGGCGUUGUGUAUGUGUGUGUAUAAUAAAUUGAAUAUUGAAAUCAUAAAAUUUUGUGAAAAAUAAGUCAAAUAAAAAUGUAUGCUAUAAUGGAAAUACUUUAUUAUUACAUAUAAAUUCAAUAUUUUUUUAAAAAUAUUGAAUUUUUUCAAAGAUUGAAAAAUCUGCUAUUAUUUUUUUAUCGAUAAUUGUUAAAUAUCUUAUCGUGUAGUGAAUUCUUAGUUAAUCCCUGGACCAUGUAGAAAAAUAAACAAUUUCGAUUAUGAAAAA